UCUUUCUUCAUCUUGACCGCUCGCUUGCAUGUUGAUUGACCUGUUCUCAGCUGAGAGGAUAAAAAAAAACUUUGUCGGCCGGCAGAAGUCUCGUUUUCAUUCUUCACCGGCAGCAGAGAAUUAUUUUUGAAUUUCCACGACAAUUUUGGUGUCAGAAGUGGGAUCCCUCGAGGGAUCGUCUGGCACGGAGCGCGGACAGUGACAGGCCAUCCUGGAAGAAAAAAAAAAGAUUUCCAGCCUCCAACCUCAAAUCCUCUUCUGGGAAGGGAGGACUGACCGCAAGCGGCCCAGAUCCUUGCCGCUGGGAUUCCACGAAUUCAACUUAGCGAAAAUUCAUCUGGUCGAAUCUACUCUAGCUGGUGAAAGGAUUUAACAUCAGGAAGUCAACCUCCACUGAGGACGACCUGUAAUCCACUCCCUGUGUGAGAGGAGUCUGCUUGUGAGAUCGCCAGAGGAGAGACUGUGUGAAACGGCAUCCCACAGAGAGAGGGGAUACAGUAUUAGAGACCACAAAAGACAUCUUUAGGUGAAGAGUGACAUUCUGACACACUGAACAUAAUGGGGAAAAGUAACAGCAAACCUUUGGUUAAGAAGUCAGAGCUGAGGGGAUGUGAAAAAAUUAUGUAUGAGAAAUAUGGCGAGUACACUUGUAGACAGCUUCCUUUGUGGGUAGAGAAAUUUGGAUUUCCAGAGAAUGGUAGUUUUAGUGUAUUUCAGAUACAGAAACUCCAAGAGAAUCUGGAAAUGUAUGAGAACAGAAAGGGGAAACACAAAAUAGACUGGGUAGCAUUGACGAUGUGGAAAACUGAGGCAGAGAGAAGACAGAGACGACAAAAUCGUGGGAGGACGCGCAAGAGGGAGUGUGGGAAAACAAAUCCAUGUCCUCAGCACUCACAUGCACAGGAAGAACCGGAUCAUCUUCCUGCCUCAGCCGCACAUCAGGAUCCUCAGAUCCAACAGCCUGUUAACCCAGAGAGGGAUGUCCAAGGACAGCUGGACGCAGCAGAGCAAACCACGCCGGUCCCAAAGACCUCUCCAUCUCCAUUUCACGAGGCCACCAUCCUCCCCUCUGUACGAGAAGUGCUUGUCCCUGUGGCUGGCAGGGACAUGCAGACAGCCCAAGGCAUCAAAAUGACUGAGGUGCAUAAUAUGAGAGAAUCCAGAUAUGUGGUGACGUGUGGCGACGGAGCCUGGACACAGGAUGAGAUGCGCUUAAUUGCCAGUGAACUUCCAAAUGUCGCCAAACAAGGAGGGGCUGCUUUUGUUGCAGAGCUGCCGCAGGUGGUGCAGACAUUCAAACCGAGUCUGAGAGAAAUCAGAAGUCUCCUUCUCCACUGCAUGGGACUGAAAUGGGUGAAAGUAAAAGGAGACUGGCCAGACACUGACAUGUGUUAUGACUGGACUCCGGGCGCUGGAUAUCGCAGACAUGUAGAGAACCUCUGCGAGAGAAUCAAAUCAACUUUCCCAGCCAUCACGAGAUGGGAUUUGAUAAAUAACUGCAAACAACAGCAUGGUGAAAUGGUGUGCGACUAUCUCGCCAGAUUGACGAAAAUCUUCAAGGAAAACAGCGGAAUUACGCCACCAGCUGACCCACAAACUAAUUCCCCAUAUGAAGAAGUACUGAAGGGCUUCUUCCUGUUUGGCAUAGAUAAGCAAAUCAUGGACCAGGUAAGCAAAAGUUGCUUUACCUACAGAACAGAACGCUUGUCAAACAUCCUAGCUCACGCCAUCCAUCAUGAAAAACAGAUGAGAAUCUCCGAGGAAAAGAAACAGCAGGCUAGAGCUAAGCAGAGAGACAAGCUCGUGAAGGAAUGGCUCCGAUUUCUGCAAGAAGCAAACAAAGGGAGAGGCAGAGGGCAAGCGCUGAGCAGCCAAUCACACAAUGCUGGCCACUGGGGCGGCGGAUGCUGGAAUUGCGGGGACCCUAACCACUGGGCAAGACACUGUAACAGACCAGGGCAGCUGAUGGGACCUUCUGGGUCCCUUCUCUAUUUGGCUUACCCUGAGAACGACGAGUGAUGGGCAACAGAGGUGGAGGAGAUUCUAGAGUUUCACACCACACACACACACACCCCAGUGGUGGUGGAAGUAAAGACCGAAUCACCAGUGAUGGCGCGGUAACACUUCUGGUAGAUAACCGGCAAAUGUUUUGAAUUGCGAAGACGUCAAAUCGGCAAACUUGUUAAUUUCUGUUGUCAUUUUCAGCUGUAAGUGUAACAUUUAAAGAUGUAGAUUUAAAUUCAGUGGUCCAACAUAUCUGACCUUUCUGCUUGUUAUGCCUCCACACCUGCGAUAGCCACCUCCACCUGUCCAUCCGUCCCAUUCUUGUGAACAUGAUAUCUCAAGAACGCCUCAAGGGAAAUUCUUCAAUUUCGGCUCAAACGUCCACUUGGAGUCAAGAAUAAACUGAUGAGAAUUUGGUGGUCAAAGGUCAAAGGUCACUGUGACCUCAUCUGUCUCAUUCUUGGGAAUGCGAUAUCUGAAAAACAUCUUGAGGGCUUUUUUUUUUUUUUUUUUUUUCAAAUUUGGCACAAACGUCCACUUGGACCCAACAAUGUACAGGUUAGAUUUUGGUGACAUAUAUACCUUGUCAUGCAGUCUGAGUAAACAGUAGUAAAUAGUAAUAGAACCGCACCAGAGUUCGUUUGUAACUGGACUGAGAGCACCUCUUCAAGAAGGUCUCAGUCCGGUUGUUUUGGUGCACACCUGAGUGUGACUGCUGUGUUGACACCUGCCCAAACGAACCGCAUUUAGGGGGCAAAUGAACUUGAAUUUGAUUGAACCAAACAGGGCAGGUAUGAAAGCACCCUAUGUUCAUCGUUGAGUCCAAGUGGACAUUUGUGCCAAAUUUGAACAAGGAUACAAGGACUCACUUACACAGUUUCAAGAAGACUCUGACGUUACCAGCGUUUUCUUAUCUGGGAUUUGUUCUUAGGUUAGAACAGAAUCUACGCUCACUCACAGCACUCUUACACACUUCUUUUGCUUACACAUUAGUACAGACAGCUGGGAGGCGUAUGAGACGAAUCUAUUUACAAAAGUUUGAGAGUAAAACUUUAUUUCUUUGGUCUUUGUGUUGUGAAGGCAUGAGCCCCAUGUACACACAAAUUACUGCAAUAAAACUCUGAACUGCUUUUUCCUUUGUUAAAUAAAUUUUAUUACAGAAAUUUCUACAACAGAUGACUUCUGUUUUUUUCUUUCUCUCUUUCACUAUCUUUCCAUAGAAACUGUUGAAAAGGUGAGUGUCAGCCACGCAGCCUGAUUAAUGUAGUGGGGUAAAAAAAUAAAGUACAGUAUUUCCCUCUGAGAUGAGGUGGAGUGUAAAGUAUUGGGUGGCAUGAAAAGAAGUAACUUAAAUUUGUG